GCUUCCAUUGGACAUAUUUUCUCAACAAAUAUCAGCCAACGUGUGAUCAAUUCGUGUGUUAGGCAUGUUUUGCUCGUUUAAGCUGGUGCGGAAAUGAUGAAACAGCUUAGCUUAUGCCCCAAAGCACGCAAAGUGAAAAGUUCUUCCCGGAACACCCUACCAGGACGCUCAACGGAACAAUUUCACCGGCUUUGUGUGCAUUGGUGCUGUUGUGAUUCUAAUUAGCCAACACUCACAUUCAUGGUCUGGUGUGGCAAAAGGUCAUCAGUGCACUUUCAAUUGAUUAUGCAGAAGGAAGUCUGGAAGCCUGCUUGUUGCCAUUGGUUCAAGGACUUUCCGUCGCACGAGUGCUUCAGCAAUUCAGCAAGAAAGGAAACAGUUUGCCGUCGCUCGAGCUUCCUCGUUUCCGUGUUCCAAGGAUUAUUGAGGAUUGAGGAACAAUAAUUAAAAUCAAACGAAACGUAUGUGCUGGGCGCUACGUGAGCGCAUGGAACCUGGUUACCACGAUGACAGCCAAGGACGUCAAUGACACGAGCUGCUCAGCUCCAUGCGUUCACAGCCGGCAUCGUCUAACGUAGGUCGAACGAUGAGUACCACUCCUCCGUUGUCAGGCAACUGGCAAAAGGCCGGAACGCAUCAGAGCUCAUAAAAGAGGCGCUGUGUGAUAGUCAUUCUUCCUCGAAAUGAUAAUCUAUUUGACACAGUUCCUCGGUGGCUGUGGUAAACGGGCUCGUAUGCCUGCGUAUGCAAAACAAGGCCAGUCUGAGCGUGCCGGUUAGAGUCCAUAGUUGUACUCGUUUAUAUUUAUAACACUGGCUGCGUUCAUCACAUGUUUGAACAUAAAAUAAAUCCAGAGUGCAAAUCAACCGGAUCGGUAAAUUGUGAAACAGUGUUCAAAGGCGUGAAACAUUCAAAUGAUAUAGCGGUUUAAGCAAUGCACCUGGCUGGAUACCAAAAGGCAAACGAACCAAAUUGAUGUUCGAUUUGAAACAGGAAACGGAUAUAAUGCUGCUGGUAUCGAACAGUUGGAUCAGUGUGCUCCUUGGAAUCCUCUCGAUUUCAGUGUCACUGGGUCUUAAGCUGAAAACCGUACGAAUACCUCCAUAUAAAUUCCGAGGCGAAUCGGCCCUGCUCGAAUGUCACUAUGAGCUGAACGGUCAGCGGAAGGGACAUAGUUCUCUGGAAAGCAGCAACCGUCGACAUCAUGGAUACCAGAACGACUACCUCGGCGAGCGGUACGAGGAGGAGGAAAAGCUCUACUCGAUCAAAUGGUACAAGGACAACGAGGAGUUUUACCGGUACGUCCCGUCGGCUUCCCAGCCGAUCAAGAGCUACAAAAUCGAGGGCAUCCGGGUCGAUCCGAACCACUCGGACGGUACGAAGGUGUUGCUGCGAGGGUUAACACUCAAAUCGUCCGGCAUCUAUCGAUGCGAGAUCUCGGCCGAGGCGCCCAGCUUCGACUCGGUGCAGGGUGAAGGUCGGAUGGAUGUGAUAUUUGUUCCAAGGGAUGGUCCCCAUAUCAGUGAUAGUGAGCGUAAAAGCUACCACAUUGGUGAAACGAUGGAGCUGAACUGCACCUCGGGCCGGUCAUAUCCGGCCUCCACGCUUCAAUGGUACCUGAAUGAUCUGCUCGUAACGGACCCGAACAACAUCAUUCACUAUCCCUCGGUACAAAAUCAGCAUGGGCUGAUCACAACCUUCCUGGGGCUGAGUAUGGUCGUGAACCAUCGGCACUACAUCGAUGGUACGAUAAGGAUAAAGUGUGUGGCCAGCCUUUCACCCAUCUUGUGGCGAGGUGGCCAGGAAAGUAUCGUCCAGUGGGAGCAACCACCGAUCGACAAUCGUGUUGCCAUGCUUUUAGUGAAAAGUGUUGGCAGCCUGCAACUCCUACAUCCUUGGGUUCUGCUUGUAAGUUUGAUACUUUAUUUACGACAUAUGUUUUAUACACGAGCAGAGUUAGUGUGAGGGAGCUAGGCUGCAAAAACAACUAAUCAAAAUCAUCGUGUAUAUUAUAUAAAUCAUAGUAAUUAGUAAGGAUUAGUAAAGCAUUAUUUCGCGUAACAGCUGAAACAAAACAAAAACCCCACGACACAUCCUGUUACCGUAUGGUUGGCAGCAUUCUGCAAAAUCGAAGGAAACUUUCUUAAAGAGCUUAUCGAAAUGAAAUUUGAACAAAACUUAGCGCGCACGGUUUAUUGGGUGAUCGUUCUUAAGAGUAACGUAGCUAAAGAUUGUGCUGUGCGUGUUGCAAUCUACAUCGAAACGAUUUUGUAUAUAGACUAUCUUAAGCGGUUAAACAUUGAAUGUGAAAAACAACAGAUUCAAAUGAACAAAGAAAAAGCAAUCUAGGCUUGGCUCGAAAACGAAGCAAGAUCGAAACAUCAAUUUCCCAAAAAAAAAAAGGACUAGGAUUUUGGUCCCAGACAAUGUGGAUACCCGCAGUAUGUGGCAGCCGUAAGCGGAACAAUUAUCUACGUAAUGUUCAAAUAGGAAGGUACGUAGAAUGAAUAGAGUUAUUAUAGGAAUUGGCCGUGCAGCACACAGCCCAAAUCAUACUGAGAAACAACAAUUAUCAGACGACAUUGUGUUCCAUGAAGUAAGGUGCCGUGAGAGAGUAAAAAAACAUGUUUAUGAACGAUAAA